AUGGACAAGACCGAGAAAUUCAACAAUGACACAACGACAGACGUCGAGAUGGGUACCGGAAAUACAGAAGUCAUCGAAUCAGGUGGCCUCAAGCGCGACCUUGGCUCUCGCCAUAUCAACAUGAUUGCUUUGGCUGGCAUGAUCGGAACAGGCCUAUUCCUCGGCUCUGGCCAAGUCAUCGCUACAGCGGGCCCGGCUGGUGCGCUUCUUGCAUAUACUCUUAUGGGUCUCGUUACUGCGGGCGUUGCGUACACUACAGGAGAGAUUACUGCAUUUAUGCCAGUGACUGGGGGCUUCAUUCGACAUGCAACCAAGUUUGUGGAGCCUGCGCUCGGUGCUGCCGCUGGCUGGAACUUUUGGUAUACCAUGGCCAUCAACAUUCCCGCCGAGAUCAGUGCUGCUGCGACGCUCAUCCAAUUCUGGAAUACGUCCAUCAACCCUGGUGUUUGGAUCACGAUAUUCCUUGUCUUCAUCAUCGCAGUCAAUCUCUGCGGAGUCAGGCUCCACGGAGAGACCGAGGUCGUAUUUGCUUCUCUCAAGAUCAUGCUCAUCCUAGGCCUCAUCAUCGGUGGACUGGUCAUCGACCUCGGCGGAGCGCCCAACCACGAACGACUCGGAUUUCGCUACUGGGUCCAUCCCGGCGCUUUCAAUACCUACAUCAAAGAUGGUUCCACUGGCCGCUUUCUGGCCUUUUGGAAAGCCAUGCUUCCCGCCGCGUUCAGUUACGGUAAUAUCCAAGUCGUCGCCAUUUCGGGGUCUGAAACACGGAACCCGAGAAAGAUUAUCCCGACUGCGACAAAGAAGACCUUUUUCCGCAUUUUCCUCUUCUAUUUUUGCAGCAUAUUCGUCGUUGGCCUCAUUGUGCCCUUCAACGAUCCCGCCCUUAGUAUCUCGACUGGAACCGCCCAGCAGUCUCCAUUUGUCAUUGCCUUUCAACGAUCGGGAGUAUCUGCUGUACCUUCAAUCAUCAAUGCUGUUGUUUGCACAUCCGCCAUCAGCAGUGGCUCUGCCUGUGUAUUCAUCGCCUCUCGAACCCUUUUUGGGCUGAGCGUUGAUGGUCAUGCUCCCAAACUCUUCCAGCGGUGUAACAGAUAUGGAACACCAUACUACGCUGUUGUAAUGAGUUGUCUUCUAUCCCCACUGGUAUAUCUUACUGUCGUCAACAAUACUUCUGUUGUCUUUUCCUGGUUUUUGAACAUCACCACUGUUGCUGGCCUUAUAGGCUGGGCCGUUAUCCUCGUCACUUACCUUCGCUUUUAUGCUGGUCUCACGAAACAAGGGUACAGUAGGACAGAACUUCCGUAUAAAAGUCCCUUACAGCCAUAUGUGAGCUGGGCAACAUUGAUCAUGGUUUGCUUGGUUAUUCUCUUUUCUGGGUUUGAUAUCUUUAUAAAGGGUAACUUUACUGCUGAAGGAUUUAUUACAUGCUAUGUUAACAUAGCUAUCUUUACUGUCCUCUACCUAUUCUUUAAAUUCCGCCUUAAGUCAAAAGUAAUUCCAUACUUAGAGAUGCCUUUCAAGGAUGAAUUUCAAUUAAUCCGCGAGGAAAGGCGAGUAGAAGCUGAGCGCUAG